UCCUUCAGAUCUCCAUUGAACUAGAUUUGGAGGGAACUUCGUUCUUCUUCUACUUCCCCAGCAAUCCCCAGUCUUGUGCGUUUCGAGCCCUAAUUCUCCUCCAUGUGAAUCCCUCACCGAGUUCUCUUCACCUCUCCAGCUCUCUCAUCUUCUUGUUCUCAAUUCGCAAAUUGGUGACCUAAAGUUCUCCGCAGCAGUGCCCCGCCUGAGCUCCCCAUUUGACUCGCGAUUCCGGUAACCACGGGCGUCCACCACACCGGUGAAGUGCGUAUGGCAUAACACUUCUUUCAAUGGGUUGCCCCGCAUUCUUCUGAAUCAAUGCUACAUCUGCAUUCUUUUGCAAUCUUGUCGAACAUGAUCCCCAUAGGUCAUCUGAACCUCAUAUGCUAGUCAUCGAUCUGCGUAUUUAAUAAUUACGUCUGCGACCUCUCAAUCCUACAUCCUUCACUGACAGUGCCAGUAGAUACCUAGUGAUGAAAGGAAAUACGAAAGCUGUUCUGCUCUCUCUCACAUUUGGCUUUGUCCUAUUAAUGUCCUACUCUAUCUUCAUCGGUUCUUUUGAUCUCCGAUCAUACUUCUUCCCGCUGCUCCAGCAGCCUCUUCAAAUCGCAGCCUCCACCUGUACAGACCGUCCUCUCCGAGUCUACAUGUAUGAUCUCCCCCGAAAAUUCCAUGUUGGAAUGCUGAACCGCCGGAGCACUGAUGACUCCCCAGUGACUGCUCAGAACCUGCACCCAUGGCCGCGCAACUCUGGUCUGAAGAGGCAGCACAGCAUGGAAUAUUGGAUGAUGGCUUCACUACUGUAUGAUGGUAGUGCUGAGGACAUGGAGGCUGUUAGAGUUUCUGAUCCCGAAUCUGCUGAUGUGUUCUUCGUGCCUUUCUUCUCUUCCCUGAGCUUUAACACUCAUGGUCGUAACAUGACAGAUCCAGAGACCGAGGUUGAUCACCAAUUGCAGAUUGAUCUUCUUGAGUUCUUGCGGAAAUCGAAAUACUGGCAGAGGUCUGGAGGUAGAGAUCACGUAAUUACCAUGACACACCCAAAUGCUUUCAGAUUUCUCGGGGAACAGGUCAAUGCAUCCAUUCUCAUCGUUGUAGAUUUCGGACGACACCCCAAAACCCUGUCAAAUCUGAGAAAGGAUGUAGUAGCUCCAUAUGUACAUGUUGUAGACUCCUUUGUAGAUGAUGUUGCUCCAGAUCCUUUCGAGUCUCGCCCUACACUUCUAUUCUUCCGCGGAAGGACCAUCAGGAAAGAUGAGGGCAUUGUCCGUGCUCAACUGGCAAAAGUACUAGCUGGUUAUGAUGAUGUUCACUAUGAGCGGAGCAUUGCAAAUACGGAAAACAUAAGAUUGUCCACAAAGGGAAUGAGACUGUCGAAGUUCUGCCUCCAUCCAGCGGGGGACACCCCAUCAUCGUGUCGGCUCUUUGAUGCGAUUGUAAGCCACUGUGUGCCUGUAAUUGUGAGCGAUCAGAUCGAGCUCCCAUAUGAGGACGAGAUUGACUACACCGAAUUCUCCCUCUUCUUCUCUGUUGAGGAGGCGCUGAGGCCCAAUUACAUGGUUGAACAGCUGCGGAAGUUCGAGAAGGAGAGGUGGGUCGAAAUGUGGAGGAAGCUCAAGAAUGUGUCUCACCACUUCGAGUUCCAGUUCCCCCCGAAGAAGGAGGACGCGGUGGAUAUGCUGUGGAGGCAGGUAAGGCACAAGGUGCCUACUGUUAGAUUGGCGACCCAUAGGAGCCGCAGGUUGAAGAUUCCUGACUGGUGGGGUCGGCGGAGGUGAUGAAUACAUCGGUUCAAAAGAGAAUGUUUGUAUCAUGCGGGUAGAUUCUUUUGAUUCAUUUGUUUUAGUUAGAUUGAUUCUUGUGGGUUCUGACAGAUGGUUUUCCCAUGAGUCGUCGAGCAAUGGAGCAUGUUAUACUUCAUAUUGUGGUAAUGGGGAGCCCCUUCCGUUAAUCAGUCCAUUGUUUCCUCGGAGGGGAAACCACGAUGACCCUUGUGUACUUCAACAAAACAAUGUAACAGAGUAUACGCCGUUUGUUUUAUGGCAUUGAUAUUCAAAUUAAGUUUCGAUA